GGCGAACCGGCUGCCAGAUUCUUUACCUGCAACAAUCACAAAAAUGACAUAGUUCAGCGAGAGCCCUUGAUCAGCCUUCGCUUACCUUCACGUUACGUCACAUGAAUUGAUAACAUUAUGUGUUUUUUGAAUUGUCGAAAAAUAAGCAGUGUUUGUUGUUGAAAUGAGGGGUACGGGUGGAAUGUUCGAUCUCCAUGAAUUUGGUAAACGAGUGCGACGUUUGCUGGAUGGAAAUUAUUCUUGCAGAAAGAUUCUUGUAUUGAUUAUCAUUUUGGGAGGCUUACUUUUGUAUCUUGGUCCAUCUGUUUUUCAAUGGCUAUUCUCUAGUGCUAGAGAGCCAAUCGAAGCUUACGAAGAGCACUGUAUUAAUGAAAGGCUUGCUGGUUUUUACUUUGAUUCUAUUGAAUACAAUGCCAAUGUGCUCUAUGAAUAUCCAACAGAAGAGCAGCAUCAAUAUCUACCUUAUGUUGGAAAUGGAAUAUUUGCAGUCCCAAUUCAACCAGAAUCUUGGCUUUACAUAAAGAAUGGUAGAACGUUGUCAUUACCUGUAAACUGGCAGCCUCUAGUUAUCUAUCAAAUAUCUGAGGGUGCUAUUUACAAAGAAGCAACUGUUACUCACUACACAAGAGGCAUUGUAUAUAAAUAUCAGUGUUUUAGAGAUGGUUAUCAUAUUGAUUACCAGUAUUAUGCCCAUCGUGAACUCGAAGGGAUUUUCGUUCAAGAAAUAAAAAUAUCAAAUCCCCUUAGCCUAUCUCAAGACUUUCCAUUUAGACCACAAGUUUCUGUUCAUUGGUCUGACUCGCUCACUGAAUCAAUUAACAUCCAAGUAGAACAUGUCAAUUAUGAAUUUAGUCUGGUAUCAGGGCAUGUAAAUUUGCCAAAUUCAGGUAAAGUUAUUGCUGUAUCAAUAAUUUAUCAAGAAGCACACAAAAGUGUUGAAAUCAAAGCUAGGGAUUCAUUGAAAAUGGAAUAUCUUACAAGUAUUAAAUAUAGUGAACCAGUUGCAAUGGAGCAAUUUGGUCAAGAAAGGGAUAGGGUCAGAGAAAAAGCCAUUGCUCAUAUGAAAAAAGCUCUCAUUAAACAACACACGAAAGGUUUAUUGGAAGAGCACGUGAAUGCUUGGAAACAAUAUUGGCAUACAGGUUUCCGAAUAAGCGAUUCAAAAGCAAAAGGAGCUAUGAAUGGGCAUAAAAUAAACUCGACAAUUUAUUAUGUUUUGAGCCAAGUUCCCAGGGGUUUGCCCAAUGUUGAAAAAAAUGUAGCAAAUAACGAAGGCUGCUAUCGCGGUCAUCAUACUUUAGAUGCACGUCGCUUAUGGAGGGAUACGUCUUCUAUUGACGCUAUCAAUGAAUUGGUCAAAGCAUGGACCAUAACUCUUGAAAAGCAGGAUUGUCAUAGAUUGAUGACCGGCAAUCCAUCUGCAGUAUUACAAGCAAUAGUCUUGAGUUUGGGGGGAUUGAGGUUUAGCAAUCAACAUUUGGAAUUCAACAUCGAUCCGCAACACUUACACAGGGACUUUUUAUUCAGACGAAUCAGUUACGGUAACGUUACGCAUCUAAACAUCUCAGUUCACGUUAAUGAAGAUAAUAAAGCAAUUUUAGGAGUAGCUCUUGAUAGAAGUGAAGGUGUAUAUUAUGCAUGUGAUGCUGGUUGUCUGGAUGCACCAGUUCCACUUAGCCAGUCUUACACAUUCUUCCCUGUAAAACUAACUAAUCCAUUGACUGCAAUUUUGUAUAUUACAUCAGACUAUCAACACAUGCAAGAUUUACAAAAUGCCCUGCAUGUCCAUACCGUCGAUGAAGCUCCAGCUCAUGACCAUCACGUUAUGGCAUUGCACAAACACGGUCACCAAUUAGGUGGUUUACCUACUUUCUUCUGGGUGAGCAUAUGCUUCCUCAUCAUUGUCUUCCAUCUGUUCUUGUGUAAAUUAAUCGUUUCGGAGUUUCGGGACCAAAAAGACCGCGUUAAAGUGCGAUACAAUAAGCCCUAGUUGUUGUAG